AUGCAAAUCAAGAACGUUCUCACUGGCCUUGUUGGCCUGGCUGUCCUGGCUGACGCCGCUUCAAUCGAGCGCCGAUCUCCUUUCGGUCGUACUCUGGAACGUCGCCAGAACAACUUCAGAAACGGUGGUAACAACGGUCAGAACAAUGGUCAAAACAACGGCCAGCAGAACAAUGGUCAAAACAACGGUCAAAACGGUGGCAACAACAACGCCAACAACGGAGGCAAUGCUGCUGGUGCGACCCUGGAUUCCAACCUGAUCCAGACUGGCUCCCAGCAAGAUGGCAACAACCCUGGUGCCGAUGGCCAGUCCGCUUCUGCUACUGACAACUUCAACUUCAUCAACUUCUGUCAGGGCAAGACCAUCACCAACGGUGAGCAGGUUAAGACCGGAUCUUGCAAUGGUAUCCCCAUGGGCAACAUCCCCUCUACCGAGAACAUGGUCUCCUCUGUCUUUGUUAACCCCCAGGACGGUCAAAACAUUGCAGAGAACACCACCUUCAACAUCCAGGUGCAAAUGAUCAACUUUGCUCCUGGUACCUUUACCAACGCCACCUCUACCUACUACGCCGCUCCUCAGGACGUUGAUGGCAACGGCAACAUCAUUGGCCACACUCACGUCACUGUCCAGAGCACUGGUAACACCCUGAACCCUACCCAGCCUCUGGACCCCAAGCUGUUCGCCUUCUUCAAGGGUAUCAACGACGCUGGUAACGGCCAGGGUCUGCUCUCUGCUGAGGUUACCGACGGUCUUCCCGCCGGAAACUACCGACUCUGCUCUAUGUCUUCUGCUGCCAACCACCAGCCUGUGCUGAUGCCUGUGGCUCAGCGUGGUGCUCAGGAUGACUGCGUUCGUUUCACCGUCGGUGGAAACGGUAACGGUAACAAUGGCAACAACGGUGGCAACGCCAACAACGGUCAGGGCAACGCCAACAACGGUCAGGGCAAUGCCAACAACGGCCAAGGAAAUGCCAACAACGGCCAAGGAAAUGCCAACAACGGUCAGGGUAACGCCAACAACGGCCAAGGCAACGCCAACAACGGCCAGAACGGUAACAAUGGCCAGGAUGCUGGCAACACCAACAAUGCUGGCCAGGCUAACAACGGUCAAAACGGUCAGAAUGGUCAGGCUGGUCAGAACGGUCAAGACGGCCAGAAUGGACAGAAUGGACAGAAUGGACAGAACGGUCAGAACGGUCAGAACGGACAGAACGGUCAGAACGGUCAGAACGGACAGAACGGUCAGAACGGUCAGAACGGUCAGAACGGUCAGACUGACCCCAACGGCACAAACAACGCUUCUACCCCUGACCAGACCACCGCUGCCGCCGCUGCCGCUACCACUGCUGCUGCUCAGGAUGGACAGACCGGACAGAACGGCCAGACUGGACAAAACGGUCAAGCCGGUCAGACUGGACAGAACGGUCAGGGCCAGGGCCGUGGUGGACGUGGCCGAGGUGGACGCGGCCGUGGUGGACGAAAGGGUGCCGCCACUUCUGCUGCUGCCGGUGCUGCCGCUACUCCCACUGCCGCCGCUGCUGAUGCUGCUCCUACUGAUGGCUCCGGUAACGUCGCUGUCUCCGCUGCCGCUGGCAAGGGUGGUGCCGCCGGCUCUGUUGCUCUUGGAGGAAUUGCUGCUCCCCCCGUCACCCAGUCUGGCAACCAGGACAGACCCUUUGACGUCCAGGGCAACACCUUCACCACCAAGGCUGCUGCCAUCCAGCGAGCCUGUGACAUCCAGAACAACCAGUGCGCUGAUGCCGUCAACGGCCAGAAGCUGAGCGGCGUCACCGUCGCUGACUGCCAGACUCAGGUUGCUACUUGCACUUCAAACCUUGCUGCCUCAUCAUAA